AUCAGCGAGUACCCGCUACCGAUUCUGAACGACACCCUUGACCUGGGGAAACUAUCGCUGCUCAGCACUCGACUUCGGGACUCUCUCACAUCGUUGCGAGCGCAGAAAAACGGUCUCGAUAUCGUAUUCCUCAUCGAUGCGUCACUAUCGGUUGGACUGGAGAGCUUCCAGUCCGAGCUUCGCUUCGUCAAGAAGAUCCUCGCCGAUUUCAGCGUCGUUCACUCGCGGAGCAACUCGACUCGAGUCGCGCUCGUUUCGUACAGCUCCCAGCAUCAGGUCAUCACGCACAUUGACUUCAUUUCGGGUUCAACGAAGGCACCCCAGCAGAGUCGACAUAAGUGCUCGUUGAUGAGCGAGCUGGCCCAAGUCAACUACAGUGGAGGUUUGACCUUCACUUUGGGGGCGAUGAAGGUCGCCGACAAGGUCCUCAAAAGCAGCCCACGGCGAGUUCAACAAGUGGUGUUCUUGGUCACCGAUGGCUAUUCCAACGGAGGAGACCCCAAGCCGAUUGCCCGCCGGCUCAAAGCGGACGGCGUCACUGUUUUCACGUUCGGCAUAAAAAAUGGGAACAUCAAAGAACUUCAGGAAAUGGCGACGUCGAGCCUCGAGCAUUGUUUCAUUGUAAAUUCGUUCGAGGAAUUCGACGCGCUGGCCCGGAGAGCACUGCACGAGGACCUCUCGGUGGGCGAGUACGAAAUCCUUCCCAUGUCACAAUGCGCAUCUCUAUGCCCCGAGGGUCGAUUCUGCUGUCAUCCCGGAGCCCGGUGCGCGUGCGGAACAAACUCUGGAUAUUUCAACUGCCUGUGUCCUCCUGGUCAUUACGGAUCGGGUUUGCGAGGCGAGUGCAAACCAUGCCCCGGGGGAACGUAUCAGGCAGCAUUCGUGCACGGGGGUAUCGAAGAGUGCGUUCCAUGUCCAGGGCCGCAUCAGACGUCGCCAGCGGCGAGCAGGUCGCGGGAGAAAUGCUCUUGUAUGAAAGGCUACACUUCUGUCGUCGUCGCUGGAACCAACAUAACCUGCAUGCCGGUGAGGUGCCCGCCGUUAGAAGCCCCUCUGAAUGGAUUCUUGGUCAACGAUCACUGCGAAAGCGUAUUCAACGCGGCCUGCGGUGUUGCCUGCGAUACGGGCUAUAAUUUAACAGGGUCGAGCAUCCUCGUUUGCAAGGAGAACGGUCGAUGGAAAGGCGCUUUGCCACAGUGUCAGAAACGUAAGUGCCAAGAGCUGAGUGCUCCGAAGAACGGCGAAAUCCGUUGCACCACGAAGUCUUAUCAAUUCGAGACGGAAUGCGAGUUCACCUGCAAGGAGGGAUUCUUCCUUGUCGGAUCAAGGCGUCGCAAAUGCCUUGCCGUGGCUCACUGGGACGGUCUUCCUGCAUCUUGCCGAAGAAUUUAUUGUCCUCCAUUGGUCGCACCGCAGAACGGACGAGUAUUUCCGCCGUCGUGCAACGGAACCAAAGCUCUCUUCGGGGAUCAAUGCCGCUAUCGAUGUCAAGAAGGACAUCGACUCACUGGACCAGCUUCGCGGGAAUGUAUUUAUCCGGGGGUUUGGAGCGACCGCGAGACGAUGACCCGUUGCAUCGAUACGGAACCUCCUAGCAUCGAAUGUCCGGACGAUAUCUUGGUACCGACUGAAGAAGGCGAGCCAUAUGCCACGGUGGACUUCAGCCUACCAUCAACUCAGGACAACAGCGGCUUCCACGAAAUCACGUUGACCGUCGCACCAGCCGUCGAGCCUCCGCUGCCGUUUUUCGUUGGCGAAACAAACAUAACAUACACGGCGACCGACUCACAAGGCAACAAGAACUCGUGUACCUUCUCGGUCACCGUUCUCGACGAGGAAGCUCCGUCGGUGGAUCGUUGUGACUCUCCAGCUGUUUCGGUCUCCUCUGACGGUCGAGGGGCCCAAGUGGACUGGGAAGAACCUCUUUUUUCCGACAACUCCCAAGAGGACGUCUUUAUCUGGAGCUCGCACAAGCCCGGCCAGUACUUCCCCAUCGGAAAUACGAGAGUCACUUACGUUGCAACUGACAACUCGGGCAACAACGUGACCUGCCAUUUCGAGGUCGAUGUCAAGGCAAACCAAUGCGAACCAUCGUUCAGCAUCUCGAACGGCGCAUUGGAUUGCACCGAAGAAGCGAGAUCCACGGUCUGUGCCGUGCGUUGUAAUCAAGGCUUCCUCCUGCUCCCCGGACAACAGAACGAGCUGCGCUGCUCGAAUGGCGAUUGGGAUUUCGACGGUAUUCCCACUUGUGCUCAGCUUUCGAAAUUCGAUCAUUCCUUCACUCAGGAAAAAUUCUCCCGAACAGCUGAGGCUCCCGCUUCCUCUCCGAACACCGAUACAUUGCUCGAGUGCACAAAUGAAUUUCUUAUGGAACAACUCUCCUUCAGACUGGGCAAAAAUAUCACUGUCAGACAGAUCAGGAAAUGCCGUCAAAAGCCGCGCUGUCUGAGGGAGAACCUCAUGGUCAUCUGCGAGCUCGCUCAACUGACCCUUAUUCCCGGAGGCGGCAGCAGUCGGAAACGACGCGAAGCUCCCGAAGGCCCCGACAGGGACGACGACCUCGACCUUGACGAUGUCCUUCAUUCGAUGGACGACAUGAUGUCCUCGGUUCGCUACGGCCUCAGUCAGAGGAACCACUCUUUUCAUUCGCUGUGUCCGCUCGGUUGGAUUCAUGUUGACCACCGCUCAUGUGUACAGUGUCCCGGCGGGAUGUUCCACAACUUUCUCCAGAGGACGUGCACUCCGUGUCCGAUCGGCACAUAUCAAUUCAAAGGCGGACAGCUCAGCUGCGAAAUUUGCCCGAACCACACUUCGACGGCAGAGAAAAGCUCCAAGAGUAAAAACGACUGCAAGCCUCAAUGCGUUCCAGGGAUGUUCUCUAAAACGAACGGCGUGAUACCCUGCGAGACUUGCCUCCUGGGCGAAUAUCAGCCGGAAUAUGGAUCGAACUCGUGCCAAAAAUGUCCUGCAGGGAUGACGACCUUGAAGAGGCGUUCGUUUCAGCUGCGGGAUUGCAAGCAUACAUGCGAGCCGAAUACAGUUUCCCGGUUCGGAGUGUCACCCUGCACACCGUGCCCGCCAGGGUACCAUCAACCUCUCGAGGGUCAAAAAGGCUGUAUUCCGGAAAAUGAGGUGUCUCAAAACUCGACGAACUUCCUGCCAUUCAACGCUUGUUUCUCGUCGCCGUGUAAAAACGGCGCCAGCUGUUCGCCCAUAAACAAGCAUUUCACCUGCAUUUGUCUGCCGGGAUUUGCGGGGAGUUUUUGCGAGAAACGCAUCGACCAAUGUGCCCAAAUGCCGUGCGGGCCGAACGCCACUUGCAUUUUGCACGAAACGUCCGGCUUUACCUGUCUGUGCCCAACAGGUCUCCGAGGCGAACGUUGCGACAAAGACGUAGACGAAUGUCUGAACGGAGCGUGCCAGAAUGGCGCCACCUGCAUUAACCUAUACGGCACUUUCCAAUGCAUUUGUGCCACAGGUUUCGACGGACCGACCUGCGCCGUCGAUGUGGACGAAUGCCAAGGGUUUUCCGUUCGUUGUCACAAUGGAGGACGCUGUGUCAACACUUUUGGUUCCUUCCGCUGUGAGUGUCUCAGCGAGUUCGCCGGCGAAUACUGCGAUAGGUCUUCGUGUGGUUGCAGAAACGGCGGCAACUGUACACCUGUUGGCAGAUGUGCAUGCCCGAGCGGCUUCUGGGGAAAGCGGUGUCAGUAUCCGUCCACGCUGAGCUACUGCAAUUCGAUAUUCCCCUGCUUCAACGGAGGCUCGUGCGUCGACAUCGAGCCGGAGCGCUUCGUGUGCAACUGCCUCCCAGGGACAACUGGCUACUUCUGUGAGGAGAGAAUAGCAGAAGAUUUCGUUCUCAAUUUUAUCGGCAACACGACCUCGGACUCGGUCCGCCUCGGCAUUCCCCACGGAAACGAAGCCCUCCGAGAGUUCACAGUCUGCCUUUGGCUCCGCUCGAACGAUACAGAAAACUACGGAACGCCCUUCUCGUACGCUUCUGGAGAUAAGGAUAACCUGAUAACCAUCACAGACUAUAGCGGGCUCGUGUUCUACGUCAACAAUCGCCACGUGAUCAGCGACAUCAAGAUCAUCGACAACAGAUGGCAUCAUCUUUGUCUGGCCUGGAACGUUUCGGGGAAUUAUGCCGUUUUCGCGGACACUCGCAUUCUCUUAGAGGGCCGAAAUCUCUCCUCAGGACAUGCGAUUCCUUCCAACGGUACACUCAUCCUCGGCCAGGAGCAGGACCUUCCCGGCACAGGAUUCGCUCGGAUGGAAUCCUACGCGGGAUACAUCACAAACGUUUACAUGUGGAACAAAUGGCUAUCCUCCAAUGAGAUAUAUCUCCUGUUCUCCGACUGUUCUCUGCCCGUACAUGAAGCGAUCGCUCCGAAACAUCUCAUCGUUUCGUGGGGGGACUUCAGGUACGGCGUACGAGGCAACGUAAAAAUUGAGGAAAGCAAUUUCUGCAAGCCGUGCAAUCUCCCUGAAACUAUUCAAAACGGCUACACCAUCAGUAACGGUCAAGACACCGGUGCCAAGACGCAAUGGCACUGUGAUCCGAAUUUCGAAAGGAUCGGCAGACAAGAAGCUACUUGCCUCAAAAUCAGCGAGUGGUCUUCGCCGAAACCCGUCUGUGUCGGCCGGUACUGUAACAUCGCUCGUAUACCGGGGGGCUACAGCGAUCCUCAAGACUUGGCUGCGGUUGGACAAGUUGUGAGUUUUCGUUGCAACGAGAAUCACCUCCAGAGAGGACCGUCGAGCGCCUUGUGUCUCCCGACAACGCGUCUGAACGUCAGCGAUUACGCGGAGUGUAUCAGCGGCGCCGAUAGCGCCGCUCCGACGAUCAUUCAAUGCAUCACUGAAGAGGAACAAAUCAGUCAGCGGAAACUCCGACUCACCAGGAACACGUAUCAGAACACAACGGUUGAGAAAUUCGAUUGCCAACCAGGCUUCCGAAUUGAGGGACUCGCGAGCCGUUGGUGUAACCCCUCGGGAUGGAGCUCUCCGUUGCCCUUUUGUCAUCCCGUCGUUUGUCACCAGCUGAAACUCCGACCACCGGCGACGGUGACGUAUUCAGAUUGGGUAUCGGUGUCGUCGAAGGCAACCGUGCACUGCCCGUUCGGUUUCAAGCUUCGAGGGAGUUCCGCGAUCUCUUUCGAAUGCGAUCCCCUCGGUAUGUGGCAACCAGCUGAUAGGACGGCCGACGUGUUCUGCUCUCCGAUAGAAUGCGGAGAACUUCCGCGUUUCGAGAAUGCGGGCUCGAUUCCGCCCAACGUGACUCAUCACGUAGGAUCGACUGUGAAGGUCGCCUGCAAGCAAGGCUUCGAGCCGCUUCUCGACGUCCGCUUAAUCUGCUUGCAGACUGGCAAAUGGUCGGAGCCGACAAUCGACGUGUGCCAGCCGGUACAAUGCAGUUUUUUCCAACUGCCCGCCAUUGAAGGAGCGUCGAUAACCUUAUUCAACGCCUCUACAACCUACAACUCGAUAGCCGAACUGAACUGUCAGCCCGGCUUCCGGAAUACGACUCCGUCGGUCUCGUUUGUAUGCGACUCGACGGGCAGCUGGAAACGCCUAAGGGAGCAGUUUCCGGAAUUCGGAUGUCGUCCAGUGAACUGUCCCCAUCCGAGACAUCCGCCAAACGGCCGGGCUCACUACUCGCAACGGGGUGUGGGAGCGAGCGUGCAAUUCAGCUGCCAUUCGGGCUUUUCCCUCAAUGACGACUUUGCCGAGGGAAGCCAAUGUCUCGAGAUAGGUACGUGGUCUGUGGGCGCAGAACAUUUGAGCGCCGUUUGCGAACGAAAGCGUUCGUGUCCCGAGCUUGCCGCUCCCUUCAACGGAUUCAUGGCACUUCUCGAGACGAAGGCCAACUUCAGCUGUGACCGAGGCUAUCAGCUGGUUGGCAGUAGCAAGCUCCGCUGUGCCGACGGUGUCUGGUCCGACGAGGUUCCCGAAUGCCAACCGCAACGAUGUACUCAUGAGAGCGAGGGAGGACUGAGUUUGGAGAAUGGAAUCUUCAGCCCAACUAGAGGAGCCAUCGGGGACCGCGUCGAAGUCACCUGUCGUUCGGGAUACGCACUGCAAGGUGACUCGUCUUGGCUCUGUCAGAACAACGCGUCCUGGACAGGAACAUCGUCCUGCGUUGAAAUUACUUGUGAACAACCCGAAGACUCCAGCUCGGCGGCCACUGCGUCUUUCAAGGACUACAAAUACGGGAGCUCGAUAGAUUACUCCUGUAAUCACGGACACGUAUUGGUUGGGAGCAGGGUGCGUGUUUGUCUAGACUCGGGUCGAUGGUCAGCGCCGGCGCCUACCUGUAAACUCGUUAACUGUCCACCGAUCGACGAGGAGAAUUCCCUGCUAACUUACGAGCCCUACAACUCAACACUUUUCGGCACGAACGUAACAAUCCAAUGCGUCGAUCCAUCUCACGUCCUCACAGGACAGGCGAGAUCAACGUGCAACGAGAAAGGAAUUUGGGAGCCCAUUCUGGGGUCGUGCGCGAAACCCAAGAAACCCUAUUGUCCGCCCUCGGUACCGUCCCGCGUAAGAGUAACGACCAACGGCCAGAUCUACAGAUUCGCUUGCGACGAGGUAGGCACGAAGCUCGUAGGGAGCUCUGAGGUCGACUGCAGCGAGGGCGCGAAGCUCGAAGAUUUCCGCGAGCCCAAAUGCGUUCGACUGACGGCUUGUCCCAAGAUGGGAGCUCCUUACAACGGGAACGUCGUCGUGCACACAAAGCAGCCUGGAUCCGAUGGCUCGAGGAAUGCAUGGGCCGGAGAUGAGGCGACUGUGAUCUGUCAGCCGGGAUUCAAACUGGUUGAGAGCGAAAGUCCCAUAGUUUAUUCGAUCAACAGAGGGGUCAGCACAUGUCAGAAUGACGGCUCGUGGAGUCACGUCUUCCGAUGCAUCAAAUAA